ACCAAUACGAUCUAGCUCAGUCUAAUAUUUUCGUUCGUGAUGCUGAUCAUGAUGCUGAUUAAAGUGUGCUUGGUGUUGGCACUUUCUAUAUUAUGUUCAAUACAAGGAAAUACACACAAGCGUAUUCUUGACAAAGAUUCAAUUCAAAAACAAUUAAAGAUUUACGAGCUUUUUUUGUACAUUAGUCAAGAUUCUUUGAUUGAUGCGGCAUAUUAUGAAGUUGGUAAAAAUUACGAUAUCACAAAGAACAUGAAAAAUUACGACAAUGGGUCCUUCCUUCAACAUCAGAUUGAAAAAGAAGCGCAAAAAUACAGGUUAUAAAUAUGGACACCUGGGAAGCCGAGAGACAAUUAAGAAUUUUUAAUAUUAAUGACAG